AUGGAUUUUUUAAACUCAUCAGACCAAAACUUGACAUCCGAGGAACUGAUAAACCGAAUGCCAUCCAAAAUUCUGGUAUCGCUCACUCUGUCUGGUCUGGCACUGAUGACAACCACCAUCAACUCCCUCGUGAUCGCAGCAAUCAUUGUGACUCGGAAGCUGCACCACCCAGCUAACUAUUUAAUUUGUUCCUUGGCAGUUACAGAUUUUCUUGUAGCUGUCCUGGUGAUGCCGUUCAGUAUUGUGUACAUUGUGAGAGAGAGCUGGAUUAUGGGACAAGUCCUCUGUGACAUUUGGCUGAGUGUUGACAUCAUCUGUUGUACGUGCUCCAUCUUGCAUCUGUCGGCUAUCGCCUUGGAUAGGUACCGCGCAAUCACGGAUGCAGUUGAGUACGCCAGGAAGAGGACUCCCAGGCAUGCUGGCAUCAUGAUUACAAUAGUGUGGGUUAUCUCUGUGUUCAUCUCUAUGCCUCCUCUCUUCUGGAGACACCAAGGAACUAGCCGUGAUGAUGAGUGUAUCAUCAAACAUGACCACAUUGUUUCCACCAUCUACUCCACGUUUGGAGCCUUCUACAUCCCGCUUGUACUGAUAUUGAUCCUCUACUACAAAAUAUACAGAGCGGCAAGGACACUAUACCACAAAAGACAGGCAAGUCGGAUAAUGAAGGAGGAGCUGAAUGGCCAAGUCCUUUUGGAGAGUGGUGAGAAGAGCAUUAAAUUGGUCUCCACAUCCUACGUCCUAGAAAAAUCUUUAUCCGAUCCAUCAACGGAGUUUGAUAGAAUUCAUAGCACAGUGAGAAGUCCCACAUCGGAGCUGAAGCAUGAGAAAUCGUGGAGAAGACAGAAAAUCUCAGGCACCAGAGAACGCAAAGCAGCCACUACCCUGGGAUUGAUCUUGGGUGCAUUUGUGAUAUGUUGGCUGCCCUUUUUUGUAAAAGAAUUGGUUGUUAAUGUCUGUGAAAAAUGUAAAAUUUCUGAAGAAAUGUCUAAUUUUUUGGCAUGGCUUGGGUACCUGAAUUCCCUUAUAAAUCCACUGAUUUAUACCAUCUUCAAUGAAGACUUCAAGAAAGCCUUCCAAAAACUUGUACGAUGCCGAUAUUAG